UUUACUAUAAGCUCAACUCAGAAUAAUUAACAAUAUGGAUAACAAAGAAGACAAAUCAGAAAUUUCGCGAUCAUCCAUCGAAGAAGUUGAUGAACAUAAAGCAACAAAGUCGGAAGAAAUUGAUAAUGAUCAAGUGAUCGUUGAUCUACCAAAGAUUGUAACAAUCGAAAGUGAUGCAGAUACAAAUGCAAAGCAAGUUAAAGACGAAGAAGAAAAUAAUAAUGAUCAAGUAAUUAUUGAUCCACCAAAGAUUGAAAGUGAGGCGAAUAUAGAUGCAGAGCAAGUUAAAGACGAAGAAGAAAAUAAUAGUAAUCCAGCUGAGGGAAACAAGAAUGAACAAGUUGAAAAAGAUAGAAUGGAAAGUUCAGAAUUAGUAAAGAUAAAUCAAAUUGAAAAAGAGACGAAAUGCCGGCCAAUAGCAUUUCUUUUGGGACUUCCAUUUGCCUUAAUCUCUCUGGUCAUCGCUUUUAUUGGAGGAAUUAUCUGGAUUAUCGGGUUGAUUUUGACUUGCAUAUGCCCCUGUUGCUUUUGUGUGACUGUGUUGGUAGAAAUGGCACUUGGUCUAGUGAAUGCUCCUUUUCAAUUCUUCCACUAUAUCACUGAUAAAAUACCUUUCUGAUCAAUUAAUUAAGACCCUUCCAUAUGGGAUUAAUUAAGUUGAAGAUUACUCAAUUUUGUACAUAAGAAGAAAAAAUGUGUGUUUUAUAUAUUUGUCGUGUCUUCAAUUUUUUUUUCUUUUGAUGCUUCUCUUUGGUCUCUUCAAGUGUACUACAUGCAAUAAUUUUCUUGAUUUGGUUGGUUAGUUUUGUUCUUGAUUUUUAUACAACUUUAGAUUAUUAAUGUAAAUUUCAUAUAUA